AUGGGGAUGCUCGCGCUGACGCGCCUCAUGUCCACGCAGUCGCAGCGGCGGCGGCGGCGCCAAAUCCGAGCCCGUGGAUGUGGUGCUUCAGAUCGAUGUAGCUCUUCGGUGGCUAAAAGAAAGAGGGGAGUCGGCAGAGAUGGUGAUGUUUCUCCAAGUGUUAAACGAUUGAGAUAUUCAGGGCCGCACCUUCCGGAGGAUAUCUGGUGUCACAUUCAUUCCCUAAUGCCACUGCGAGAUGCUGCUCGUACUGCCUGCGUGUCUCGUGCCUUUUCACAAUCCUGGAGAUAUCAUCCCAACCUCAACUUUACUAAUAAGAGUAUACUGGGCUCAGAUAGCAAUGGAUGUGGAAUGGAUUUUAUCAGAACAACCAACCAUGUUCUGAAAAAACACUCGGGCACUAACGUGAAGACACUCACACUUGAACUGCAUGAUUAUAAAAGUGGCUGGCGUCGUCGUUUAGAUAGUUGGCUUCUGAUUGCUCUGACACCAGGGAUUGAAGAAAUAACCGUUAGCUUUGGCUUCUUUGCUAAGGCAACAUACAAGUUUCCUUGCUGGAUUUUAUCUGAUAGGAUCACGAACUCAGUUCGGUGUCUUAAACUGCGGCGUUGCGCUUUCUGCCCCAUAGUCAAACUUGGUCCUUUUAGAAGCCUGGCAAUGCUGCGUUUCUUUCAAGUGCGUAUUACAGGUGACACGUUAGGGGGCCUUCUUUCAAACAGUCUUGCUCUGGAGUGGCUGGAACUUAAUUCUUGUGACAAGUUAGAUUUCCUGAAGAUACCCUGCCAGCUUCAGCGGCUUAGCUACCUGAGGAUUUAUUUGUGCCGGAGGCUGUAUGUGAUAGAGAUCAAUGCUCCAAAUCUUCGCGUUUUCCAUUUGGAGGCAGAAAAGGUAACAGAGCUGUCACUUGGAGUAUCAGUGAAACUGAAGCUGUUAUACAUAAGCAGUCCAGACCUUGCGAGCUAUAUCCGUUUGGGGCUCCUCUCCAAUGUGCCAGAUCUUGAAAGUUUCAACCUCAAAUCAAUUUGCCAGAUUGCCAGUCCACUGAUGCUACCCGUCAGGUUCCUCCACCUCAAAGAAUUUAACCUUUCACUAACCGGACAGGGUGUCUCAGAAGCCUAUGAUUAUUUUUCUCUGGCUUCUUUGCUUGAUUCCUGUCCUUCCUUGAGGAAUAUAUUCUUAAAUGUAUCACAUAAAUGCGUGGGGCAUCAGACGAUGUCGGAAGACCCCACGCACACGAGGCAGAUGCCAGGACAGCAGCAGCAUGGCAAUCUCAAGAGCGUGACGAUCCUUGGUUUCUGUUAUGCGAAGAGCUUGGUCGAGCUAACAUGCUAUAUCGUCGAGAACGCUGCUGCGUCAUUGGAGAGCCUAACAUUGGACAUUCAUGGUACGCAUUUGGUCUCAGUAUAUGGUGCCAUACUCAAGCCCAUGUACGAUGGUAAGUUGGUGGAGGCUCCUCGAACUCUUUUGGCCAUCAGAACGUACAUCCAGCGGAGAAUCCCCUCGACGGUUAAGCUGAAUGUCCUGGAGCCCUGCGGUCCGUGCAGUAGUAGUGUUGGACAUUAGGCACCAACCUAUCGUCCUAGAGUAAUUUUAAAUGCACUAUGUUGUCGUUCAAAUUACCGGAAUUUGUCGGAUGUUUUAAGUUGUGUACUGGUACCAUUAAAAAUAAGUGUGGUUUUGAUUAUUAA